UUGUUUUUCAUGGCGGGAUGUGGAGGUUUCAGGCAACUUCUUCUGACUUUCCUGACAAAAACAAGUAACACAUUGAGUUUUAAAAACUUUAAUUUAAAGUUAUACGUUCAAAUAUGUGAUUAAGGGUGCUCGUUUACUGAAACAUGCCUGCUAGUUAAUACUGUUAGGCUGGCCUCGCUAACGUUAGCUAUGGGAACAGUCCUCCUGGUUUGACAGCUAGUUUAGACCAGGUUUACACUCACUGUUAGUGCGAUGGAGAGUUCAUUGGUGAAAGACAACCCACUGCUUUUACCUCUCAACAAGGAGAAAACUAUUUAUGACGGAUUCAUUACAGUCCAGGAACGAGACUUCAGAUUGAGAAUACUACUACCACCAGAUCGUCAAGUUAAACAGGCCAGGCUGCACUGCUGCUGGCAGUUAAAACACCUGUUGCAUGGGUAUGAGCACAUAGUGAAGCAGAGGCAGCAGCAGUCGCCUGAUCUUGUCACUUUCAUUCUGGAGCUGAAGACCGUCUUGGAAGUGGGUCUGAAGAGCCGCCAUGAGUGCCGCUCCAUCCCGCCUCCACAGUAUUACGCUCAGCUCAUCUCUGAGAUGGAGACCCUUGGGUGGGGCAAGCUGCUCUUCAUAGACACGGAGUUCCGAACGUUGAGACUGAAAGCGGAGGACUCCUCCAGAAGGCAGCACAUUCUCAAUAUCAAACUCAAGUCUAAGCACCCUGUGGAGGCUCCUGAAUGCUCUGCUGACCUGCCAGUGCCUCUGGCCAUCACAUGGACACCACAGAGCACUCUGGAGCAGCUCCACAGUCAGUUCCUGCUGCUCCUGGAGUCCCUGACUGAGUUCUGGGAUGUCCUGGAUGAGAUUGACAGUAAGACCUGGAUUCUGGAGCCGGAGAAACCCAGCCGCUCCGACACCAUGAGGCGGAUCGCCAUCGGAAACAACACAUCCAUCAAGGUGGAGGUGGAUCCCAGACACCCAAAGAUGCUGCCAGAGUGCUGCCUGCUGGGAGCCGAGCAUGUGGUGACUCCGCUGAGGAACAAGCUGAACGCCAACAUGCACCUGUGGAACCCGGACUCCAGCGUCUUGCACAACCUCCGGGAUGUUUUGGAGAUCGAAUUCCCGUCACCUGCCACCCACGAAAAAUCUAGCUUCAGUGUGGAGUGUGGGAUAUGUUACUCCUAUCGUCUUGAAGAUGCGAUCCCUGAUCAGGUGUGCAAUGACCCUCGCUGCGGCCAGCCAUUUCACCAGGCCUGUCUUUACGAGUGGCUGCGAGCGCUCCCCUCCAGCAGGCAGAGCUUCAACAUUGUUUUCGGAGAGUGUCCUUACUGCAGCAAGGUAGGUGUGUUUGUGUUCCAUAAAGGCGUUCACUGCAGCCUCAAUAGAACACAUUCAUCUUACUUAAUUAGCACAAAUCUUUACAGAGCCUUCUCUCUACACUGUAUUCAGUUUUUCUCAUGCUGUUCCUUGUGUGAUGCACAAAGUGAAGUGUUUGAUACUCCAUAUCUAUCAUUUAAUCAAAGGCAGUUUUAUGACUUUGUUUGGGAAUCCUUCAUCUACAGUCCAGUUAGACACAAGAGCCCACUUCAUUUGUUCACAAAGCCAUCUCUCGUACCGCAUUCAAUAAGCUUCUCCUUCUGUUUCAGCCUAUUACGGUGAAAAUGGCCGCCCAGAAGUCCUAAGGAGUGUGUUCCAGUGAUGAAAGACUGGUAGAUCCCUUUAAUGUUUUUCAAAAAGGUUUGAAUUCACGUUGGCAAACACCAAGAGCAGCACCCAGGAAGAAGAAGACGCCGGCGAAAAAGAACAUGGAGAACCAUCCGUUCCUGCGCGUGGGAGGAGCUUCCUGUUCAGAGUUAUGUGUGUGUUCGUACCCCUGAAUCUGAGGCGGGUAACGGUCCUUCUCCUGGAGUUUUAGAGCUGCCCACUCAUGGGUGGGCCGCCCUCCCUCCCAUCUCCCCCCCUGUGCUUCACAGUGUUUCCUCCUGUGUGAUAGGAGCUGUCGUUUCUUUAUCUCCAUCGCGGAAAAGCCGUCUGUUUUUCUGCCCGUAUAUUUCUGUUAAAGAUUAAAGUGUUGGCUUUUUAUAUAGGUGUAAACUUUUUUUUUCUAAACUAAUAAUUAUUUGUUUUAUUUAACUUGUACAAAUAAACUUCACAGCAAAUCAAAAA